GAAAAAAAAAAAUGGAAAAGAAAGAAAAAGAUUUUAUAUUAGAAUUUCUGGAUGUUUAUCGCAGUCUUCCGGCAUUAUGGGAUGCCAAUUGUAACGAUUAUAAAAAUUUAAAUAUUAAAAAUGCUCAAUAUGACAAAUUAUUAUUAAAAUAUCAGGAAAAAUAUCCAAAAGCAACUAAAAGGUGUCUAUCGAAGAAAAUUAGUAUUUUACGUAUAAACUACAGACGUGAAGUGAGGCGUAGAAGAGAAUUGGAAAAAAGCGGCAAAAAAGUAGAUGAUUCUGAAGGACAUUUGUAUUACUUCAAUAAAUUGGAUUUUAUUAGAAAUAUUAAACCUCCUUGCUAUGCGAAUAGUACCAAUAAACAUAAUCGCAUACAUCGCAUACGACAGUUCCCACAACAACCAACAGACCCUAAAGAAAAGAUGGAUUUAAUGGAAAAAAAACAUAAAAUGAUUUUAGCUUUAAAAGCACACUUGAGUAAAUCUUCAAAUGAUAAUCUCAAUAAAACUUCUGACACCUUAUAUAGAUUGUCUAUUGAUAACUUAAAUGAAUCUUCAAAUGAUUAUUUGAGCUUUAGUGCAGACAGUAAAAGAGAACCAAUUACUGUUUUAAAUGAAUCAUCGAGUGAUUGCUUGGAUUUUAUUAGAGAUGAUAAAGCGGAAUCAUUUCAUAAUUCAAAUGAAACAUCGAGUGAUUAUUUGGAUUUUACUAUAGAUAUUAAAGAAGAACCGAUAUAACAGUAAAUUGCUUUGAUUUUACUAGAGAUGAUAAAGUGAAAUCAUUUCAUAAUUCAAAUAAAACAUCUAGUGAUUAUUUGGAUUUUACUAUAGAUAUUGAAGAAGAACCGAUAUAACAGUAAAUUGCUUGGAUUUUACUAGAGAUGAUAAAGGGAAAUCAUUUCAUAAUUCAAAUAAAACAUCUAGUGAUUAUUUUGAUUUUACUAUAGAUAUUGAAGAAGAACCGAUAUAACAGUUUAUAGUCCAGUUAUGAAGAAAUGAAGCAUUUUAAAAUUUAUUGUAAGUGAGAACA